AUGCAGCGGCCCGAGGCCUGGCCACGUCCGCACCCGGGGGAGGGGGCCGCGGCAGCCCAGGCCGGGGGCCCGACGCCGCCAGCCCGAACGAAGGAGCCUGUAGGGCCGCGGUUGCAGGAGCCUUCCCUCUACACCGUAAAGGCUGUUUUCAUCCUGGACAGUGAUGGGAGCCGGCUGCUGGCCAAGUAUUAUGAUGAUACAUUCCCCUCCACAAAGGAGCAGAUGGUCUUUGAGAAAAAUGUCUUCAAUAAGACCAGCCGGACUGACAGUGAGAUUGCAUUUUUGGGGGGCAUGACCAUCGUCUACAAGAGCAGCAUCGACCUCUUCCUGUACGUGGUGGGCACGUCCUACGAGAAUGAGCUGAUGCUUAUGGCUGUACUCACCUGCCUGUUUGAGUCUCUGAACCACAUGUUCAGGAAGAACGUGGAAAAGCGCUGGCUGCUGGACAACAUGGACGGAGCUUUCUUGGUGCUGGAUGAAAUUGUGGAUGGCGGUGUAAUUCUGGAGAGUGACCCCCAGCAAGUGAUCCAGAAAGUGAAUUUUCGGGCAGAUGAUAGUGGCUUGACUGAACAGAGCGUGGCUCAGGUUCUUCAGUCAGCCAAGGACCAAAUUAAAUGGUCAAUACUGAAGUAA